AUAAAUGUUCUUUUUUAUUGAUGGUUUAAUAAUUUGAAAGAAAAAAAAGAAAUUUGACAGUCAGGGGUUUACACAAAAACCGGGUCAAUCAGAAUAGACAUCGUUGAAGAAUUUUCGACCGCAGCAUCAUUACUCUCUGAGUCCAUACGACUUUGACACAACAGGACUAUAUCAAGGUGGUAGCGGCAACGUGCAGACAACUCCAAAUUCGAUGCCAUACCAACUCUCACCGACACAGUAUGUACCACAAUCACUGCAUCAGCGCCGUACAUCGUCCAUGGUGUCCCCGUCGUUGAUGCCGCAGUCGUACAACCAACAACAACAUUCGCCACUACCACAACAAAUACCAUAUAGCCCCCCAUCGCCGCACAGGCCACUUUACCAACAAGCUUAUGCCGAACAAUCGUUUCAGCAGCCACGACAGCAACAAUAUCAGCAACAGGAUAUUUACUAUUCACCCACUGCAGCUGCACCAACAGCCAGACAGCCAUCUUUGGACUACGGUCGGCCGAAUUUACCCCAACACCAAGCAACAGCACCACAACCUCUUUAUCUUCAGCACCAGCCGUAUCCUAAUCCAAUGAAAAGAGAACAGAACGAAAUGCCCCGUAUCAUGCCUAGUCCUGAAGUUCAACGUCACGAACAACGAGCCAUCCCCGGGUUGAAUAUGUUUGAUUCUGUACCAUUGGACGAUCCACAAACGCAAUAUCUUAGCACUAGCAGUAAGAGCGAUGACAGUAGCAAUUUUAUGCUAUCUUCCCUGCAGCAGCAGCAGCAGCAGCAACAACAACAACAACAACAGCGGCAGCAACAGGAACAGCAACGGCGACACCAGCAAUACCAAAUGUAUGCAUACUCCAAUAGUAGCACGUCUGUUGAUUUGGACUUUGAAGGCAACUUGACGGAAAUGCAGUAUGAUUGGACGCAAGACGAAUGGGGCCAACGUCGACGUCUAGUUCAGUUUUGGCGGAGUGAAAAGAACAACCGAAUUCUAUGUGGUUUUCAACCUGUAGCCCAAGAAGCGCAUGGCGGCCAAAUGAACCAAAUUCCUGGUUUAUGUAUCGUAUCAUGCGUUUACUGGGAAGCACGACAAGAUUACUUUAUUACAUCGGUCGAUUUGAUCAACCUUUUACAGUUUGUUAUGGAUAUUUCGCUCUCGAUGGAAGAGAAGAACCGAAUACGGCGUAAUCUCGAAGGAUUCAAGCCUACCACUGUCAGUAAAGGACGUACAGAUACGGCUGAUUUCUUUAGGGUGAUUAUGAACUUUCCCAACCCAAAACCAAGAAACAUUGAGAAAGACGUCAAGGUGUUUGAAUGGUCAGCUUUGCCUUAUGCAUUGAAGAAGAUCGUGACCAAAUAUCGUACGACAGUUUUGCAAAAGACCAUUAAUCAAGAUGGAAUUUCAGACAAUAGCAGUGCGGGUCCUGCUCCUAGCAAUACUGCACCAUCGGUUGUUCAACAAAUUUUAGACAUGUAGAUAGAUUAAAGCAACAAACGGUACAUGUAUUUUGUAAAGCCAUAUAAUCAUUCCUUGUAAAUUAUUGAUGUGCACAGAACU